AUGGCGAUUCGAGAGGAUAUCGUCGCUUCGGCGUACCCGAUCAUCAACGAAGUUCCUGCUCUUGAGACUAAUAUUGCCAUAGUUCUCCAGGACCCUAGCGUCGCAAGCUCGUCGAUUGACAACCGUGUGGCUUUCCUUCGAACUAAGAACCUCACCCAGGAGGAAAUCGAUGCUGCUCUCUCAAGAGUUGGCGCGCCCGUCGCAGCAGCGGCUCCUGCUCCGAUGCCUGUCGCUCAGCAGCAGCAACAACAAUACUAUCAGCCCCAACAAUACCCUCCACAAUACGCAGCGUGGCAGCCGCCGCCUCCACCCCCUAAGAGAGACUGGCGCGAUUGGUUCAUCAUGGCGACCGUCGUCGGCGGAGUUAGCUACGGUGCUUACACUCUGGCCAAGCGAUAUGUAUACCCGAUGAUCGCACCCCCGACCCCCGAAAAGCUCGAACAAGAUAAGAAGUCCAUCGAGGAGCAGUUCGACAAAGCAUUCGGACUGGUCGAGCAACUGGCAAAAGACACUGAGGCUCUUAAGGAGGCGGAGAAGGAACGAACCGAGAAGCUUGACACGGCUCUUUCCGAGCUUGAGUCUGUCGUGAAGGAGCUCCGGUCGGCGAACACGCGUCGGGAGUCAGAGACGCAACGAAUCAAGGACGAUGUGCAAGUCCUCAAGGCAUCCAUCCCGAAGGCCAUGGAAACGCAGAAGGAAGCCACGGACACCAGGCUCAAGGAAGUCAACUCGGAGCUGACAAGCCUGAAAACGUUGAUCACGCAGCGCAUGAGUGCGGGUACGGCCUCGACUGGUGCAAACGGUUUGCGCAACGGCGGAGUUGCUACACCCGCGUCCCCUGCGGUCAGCCGCCCUGCAACUACGAGCGACAACCAGGGAGGCAACAGUGAGGCUGCAAGCAAUGCUGAAACGCCCAAGACAACCAGCACGCCAACCGUCAACAGGCCAAACCCAUUUAGCGGAAAGCCGGGUGCGAAGGCUUCGAUCCCGGCAUGGCAGAUGGCCAUGGCCAACAAGGACUCGGCCGCGUCGCCGGCAGCCGCUAACGGAACGGAAGCCACCGAGGCCAGCUCGCAGCAGGAAGCAACGAGCUCUUAA